UAUCUUCUCUCAGUUUCUCUCUCUAUGAAGCUUCCAGAAUCUCCACCAUUGGAGCUCUAGCUCGAGCUCGUUUUUUCUGCUGCAUCUACAGCUCAACAUGGUAUAAGAGCCUAGCAUCUCACUCUCCCGUCUCCUCAUCAUCUUCAGUAAGGUCAAUUGAAUUUUUACCCCAAUUUUCCCAUUUUGAAUUUUUCCCUAGAAGAUCGUUUAUCUCCAAUUGUCCGAUCUGCCAUUUCUCUCUUCAAUUUUUAAUUCUAUCUUCAUCAAAUCGAGUCCUAUCUCAUGGCUAUCACUAGUUCGAGCACUGAGUCCGAUAGUCCCUCAUCUGUCCUCGAGGUGGAGUCCGGUUUCGAUGCUAGUAGUCCUCUUUACAUGCAUCCUUCAGAAAAUCCCGACGCGAUGUUAGUUCUAGUUCCUUUCAGUGGUUUAGGGUACCGAUCCUGGAGAGGGAGUGUUAUGAGAGCCCUAUCUGUCAAAAACAAAUUAGGUUUCAUCAAUGGCAAAUGCAAACAGCCAGAUCCAGAGAAGGAACCUUCGAAAUUUCGACUAUGUGAACGAUGCGACGAUAUGGUUACAUCAUGGAUCCUAAAUUCUCUUGACAAGGAGAUUGCUGACAUUGUUGAAUAUGCAAAUGAUGCUGUCGAGUUGUGGAAAGAGUUGGAGGAUCGCUACGAUUUGACCAACAAAACCAAACUAUAUCAAAUCCAGAAGGAAAUUAAUGACAUUUCUCAAGGAGUUUUGGACAUUACAGGCUAUUACACUAAAAUGAAGAAGCUAUGGGAGAAACUGAGUACAUUGAGUGCCAAGACACAGUGCACCUGUCAAUGCACAUGUGGUGCUAAGGAAAAUAUGCAUAAAGCUGAACAAGACAGGCGUUUAAUUAAGUUUUUGAUGGGCCUGAAUAAAGUGUACACAACUGUGCGAGGCAGCAUUCUUAUGCUGAACCCCUUGCCUUCUAUGACACAAGCAUUUUCCCUACUAGUUCAAGAAGAGAAGCAGAUGGAAGUUAAGCCGAACAAUCAUGUUAUGAUGGAUUUAUCGUCUUUAUAUAUCAGUGCCCCGAGGAGCAAUAUCAGAAAUGGCCAACAAUAUGUAGAUUCUGCCUCGUUCAAUGUUGAUACAUCAAGGAACAACAAUUUUAGAACCAACUAUUCUCCUUGCAACUACCCUCCUAACAUCACCAGACCACGUCCUUUUUGUGACUACUGUAAGUGCUCAGGUCAUACCAAAGAUAAGUGUUAUAAGCUACAUGGAUACCCUCCAGGGUUCAACUCAAAUCUCAAAUUUAACAGAGGAAAGAGAACUGUGGCCAAUGUACAUGGUGCACCUGAAACCAACUCUGACAAACAUGAAGAAGUGGAAUCUCUGGAAGGCAAUCGUAACUCCAAUGUCAACUUAACCAAAGAACAAUAUGGUCAACUAGUUUCCCUGCUGCAGCAUUUUCAUUCUGGAAAUGGCAAAGAGACCUCGAGUAUUCCUAAUGGAGCUAUGAAUUUUGCAGGCCCCUUCAAUGAAGAGACCUCUGGAGAUUGGUAAAGUCGAGGAUGGAUUAUACCUGCUUUGCUCAAGCUGCUUGAAGCAUUCUUGUUUUGUUACACAUACUGCCAACUGCUCAUUUCCAUUUCAUGCUUUACCUGCUUCACAUGAUAUAAAUAGGUUAAAUUCUCAUUCUUACUCAUUUGUUGAUAUACCCACAUGCAAUAAAACUAAGAGUUCAGUUUUGCAUUAUUCUAUGUAUAAUAACAUUGAUGCAGAUUUGUUGUCGCAUAAUAGGCUGGGACAUAUACCUUUUGUCAAAAUAAGAGGUAUCUCUUCAAUACCAAUCCAGUUCUCACCCAAACAACCAUUCCUCUGUCCCAUAUGUCCCAUGGCAAGGCAGACUAGAGUGCCUUUCCCUCAAAGAACCAGCAUCACCACUAAAGCCUUUGACCUUCUUCAUGUGGACUUAUGGGGACCUUACCAUGUGGCAAUUCACAACAAUUUUAAAUACUUCCUCACCAAAGUGGUUGAUUAUAGCAGGUCCACUUGGACCCAUCUCCUAAUCUGUAAAAGCAAUUCCUUGCAAACUAUAAAAGCCUUUGUGUCUCUCAUUGAAACCCAAUUUCAAACCAAACUAAAAUGCUUAAGAUCAGAUAAUGGCUUAGAGUUCACUAGUAAUGAAGCAGUCCAAUUUUUCCAAUCCAAGGGUAUAAUACACCAGAAAACAUGCCCCUACACACCCCAACAAAAUGGUGUGGUAGAGAGGAAGCAUAAAUACCUUCUUGAGACUGUUAGAGCCCUUUUAUUUCAAUCAAAACUACCUUUACAAUACUGGGGUGAAUGUCUUCUAACUGCUACUUAUAUCAUCAAUAGGUUUCCCACAAAUUAUCUCAAAAAUAAAUGCCCUUAUGAGAUGUUGUUUCAUAAAAAACCCACUUACUCACACUUAAGGAGUUUUAGA